UUCACCUCAGCGGUCAGCCUCAGAGAUGUCUACUUUGAUCUUUCCUGAUGUUGAUAGUAGAACUUACUACUAACUUGCUGUAGAAGUCGGAUUCGAAAACAAGACUAUUAUGCAGAUUAUGCUAUUUGAGUUUUAUCACCAUCAAUCACUCAUUAUCUAUCUUUUGAUCACGAUGUUCGUGUGUGUAAUGUGCACGAGAAGUGAGCUGUAUUGUGGACGAUAAGAAAAUUUGAAUGGAAUAAAUAAUUAUAUGGAAGUAAUCAAGAUAUGUGAAGAAUAAAUUUUUUAAGAAUCGAUGAUUUCAGCUUGUAAACAGUUUAGGAGGUUAUAUUCUGAUGGUUGGAAGAGAGAGAAACAAGAAGAAACAAUUUCUUACUUUUGGCCUUGUAGGUGAAAAUCAAAGUUAAGAGACUGAGGUUGGAAAUAAAUUAAACAGAUAACACAGUUUGAUUAGAUACAUUAAAAUAGGGAUUGUAAUUGGAGAUAAAUUAAUUAGCCUAUAUACUCUUCUGCACUGAUGUGUACAAGCUAAACUAGAAUUUGAAAACAGGACACUGGAAAAGUUGAUAUGGAAGGUGAAACAUCUCUGACAAACCUGAGUACAGUACAGUUGGCUGAUAUAUCUUUUACUGGAGGAGUUACAGAUGGAUCAAGCAAUCAGUCGUUAUCACAGACACAUGGAAAAAAGGACAUAAAUAGAAAGAAGAAAAAGCAAAAACAGCCAAAACGUGAUCGUAAACAUGCUAAGAUUAAACAUCUGGAACCAAAGGAAGAUCUUGCUCUCAAUGAAGAUUAUGAAAACGAAGAAAUCCAGUUGGAACCCCUGGUAGACAUAAGUGAAUCAGAUGAGCGAGUAAAUCUCAGUUCACCGCAGACUUCGGAAGACGAGCUAGGUGAGCUUGAAUGUAACUACUGUGGGAAGAAUUUUCCUUCAAAACGGGUUUUGAGGCGCCACCUGCAGGUGCAUAACUCGAGCAAACCCUACUCCUGUGAUAUAUGUGACAAACGGUACAAGCGUCACUACGAUAUAACUAUUCAUAGGCAACAGCACACCACCAAGGAGAAACUCACUUGUGAUGUUUGUGACUUCUCUUCAUUCUACCAUUCUGCAAUUGCCAACCACCGUCGUAAGAGGCACUCGCAAGAGUACAAGCAUUACUGUGAUAUAUGUGGUAAAGGCUUCUACGUGAGCACGUGGUGGAAGGAACACAUUAACUUUCAUACGGGAGAAAAACCAUUUAAAUGUGAGAUAUGUGACAAGGCAUUCAUGUAUUCGAGGUACCUCACAGCUCAUAUCAAGGACAUGCAUUCCACCCUGAACGGUUUGAAACCUGUAAAUCGGUGCCCUUUCUGUGACAACUACUUCAUCCACAAGAAGUCAUUGAAGCACCACAUCAAGUCCCACACAGGUGAGAACAAAUGCCUCUGUGACAUUUGUGGCAAAGAACUAUCCAGCCGAGAUCACCUCAAGGUACAUCGACGUAUCCACACCGGGGAAAAGCCAAACAUGUGUAGUGUCUGCGGUAAGGCUUUCGCCAAGAGGUGUAACUUAAUCAGCCAUGAGCGGAUACACACUGGAGAGCGUCCUUAUGUGUGUGAUCAUUGCAACAAGGGCUUCAAUCAGCUGUCUGCACUCGUUAUUCACCGGAGACAUCAUACGGGACAACGCCCCUACGAAUGCAGAGUCUGUCACAAGACUUUUGUCUGCCAGUCCACUCUCACCUCUCACCAAAGAAACAGUUGUGUUGGAGCAAAGCUGCCAUCUGAAGCAACACACCAAGUCCAAAAUGUGGCAGAACAGGUUUCUCUACGAUAUUUGCAGACAGGAGGUAUCCAGCUGGGAUCAUCUGAAAAUACAUUGGUGUAACCACACAAGGAAAAUGGCCAACACUUGUAGUGUCUAUAGUAAGGCUUUCACCAAUACCCAGCAGGGAUCACUUCUGGUUGGUUCAUACCUUCCAGUUGAACCCACCACUGGGCACAGCAAAAACUGAUGUGUCACUUCAAUCUGGGCAACCUUAUAGAUGUCCAGGAGCGGCACAU